CUGCUAAGGUUUAUUAUCUUACAGAAUUUCAAGAUGAGUGCCGCCAAACUAUUAUUAGUGGCACUAGUGUAUUUUUCUGCGUGCCACGCCGCCAUUCCGGAUCUAACUGGUUGUGAAGUGGCCGCCAAGACCGAGCAGGGGUAUGUGUGUGGGAGGAUCAGAAACGCCACCAAUGGGGCGAAAUACGCCAGCUUCAGAGGAAUGGAAUAUGGGACGCAGCCGCUAGGGGAACUCCGAUUCAAGGAACUGCUACCACCUCCAUCUUUUGACGGACUCUUCGACGCUACAGAGGCCGGUCCAAUUUGUGCGCAAGUGGAUGUUUUCUACACGCCAAAUAACCUCGUGGCUCCUCUGUCCAGCGGCGAAGACUGCAUCCGCAUCAACGUCCAUGUGCCGUACGACUACCUUCCCGCAAUCAACGCAACCAGCAACUCAAGCAACCUCCUGCCAGUCCUGUUCUGGAUCCACGGAGGAUCGUUCUCAUACGGCUCAGGGGACGCCGACGUGCACGGGCCUGAAUAUCUGAUGACCAAAGACGUUAUCUUGGUCACUAUUAAUUACAGACUUCACGUUUUCGGUUUCUUGAGCUUGGAUAACGAGUACAUACCUGGAAACAACGGGCUAAGGGACUGCAUCACAGCUCUCAAAUGGGUACAGAGUAACAUCAGGAACUUCGGAGGAGACCCUGGCCAAGUGACGAUAGCCGGGCAGAGUGCCGGAGGGGCCAUGGCUAGUCUGCUGUCUAUUUCACAUGCCACGCAAGGACUCUUCCAACGGGUGGUGGGAUUGAGCGGAGAGGCCAUUGCUAGCUUUUACAGUUAUUCGCAAACCUACGCGAAACUCAUCAAUGCCAUCUUCUUGCCUGCUGCUGGAAUAAACCCGCUUCAAACGCCAAAGAAGAUCUACGAGGACCUCGUGGCAGCUCCUCUAGAGAAUUUACUGGCGGGCAAUAAAGUCCUGCUGGACACGUUUGGUCUUGUGUCCUUUACUCCCGUUAUUGAGAGUGCACAACCAAAUUUCACGACUGUCAUACCAGCAUCACCAGAAGAUCUCUUGAAUGCUGGAGCUGGUAAAAACUACCCCAUGUGGAUCGGCUUCUGCAGUAAUGAAGCCGCAGACUUCAAAACGAGAUUGGAGGAGGUCAACAUAGAAACCAAAUUGAGGCUGCUGCCAUCAUUGACGUUACCACAGAACUUGUUGUUCUCAGCGAAUGCACUGACGGUGCCGGUUCUGACGGUGAAGCAGCUAGCGGAAUACUUCAAUGUGACUUUUAUUACUCUUGAGAAAUUCUUAGUGGCAGCGACUGACUCGUAUUACAAGUACCCAGGACAACGUCUAACUCUUAAGAGGUUGAGGGCGAACGCGUCGAACACUUAUCUAUCUGAGUUUUCGUACCCAGGAGAGAACAACAUCAGCGUAUUAAAAGACGCUUUGAACCAGACGUGGUCGGGAGCAGCUCACGUGGAAGACCUCACAUAUUUCUUCAGAUUUAACCACUUCCUUGGACCGCAGCAGGAGGACGAGUUGGCGUCUACUAGCGAAGCUAACAAAAUGAGAGCCAAGAUGACUGGCAUUAUCACCAACUUCGUUAUCAACGGAUCACCAGCUAGCUCCACCGACUGGCCGGCUACUGGUACGGACCUGAAGUUCCAGAACCUAGACUCGCCUGACCAGUUCAACUUCACCGAUCCGACUCCUUACAUGGAAGACAAGAUCACCUACUUCUCCAACUUGUAUAAUGUCGGUGGUCUCGGAUCUGUUUAAAGGCCAAAAAUAAUAAAGGCUACACAUAAUAAAGACUAAAAAUAAUAAAACCUUAAAAUAAGUAUUGAGACCUACUCCUAGCUCCAACGUGUUUUUGUUGGUGGUCUCGAAUCUGUUUAAAUGUGCAUUAAAAUAAAUCAGAGAAUGUUAUUUAA